GAUUUCCUCUGGGAGCAGCGACAGAGCCACUGACACGUACGAAUGCCUCAAUAAUUUGAAGGAAGGUGAUACAGUUACAGGAAAGGAAUACGUUCAAUGUGUUUCCGUUAGCAAUCGAAACGCGUUCUUAAUGUGUGCUACUCUGUUCAGAAGGUCGCGCUUAAAGGAGGUGUGUACGGCACCAGUAGACGGAGUACAAUGAGGUUUUCUAUGUUGAUCAGUCUGUUAAGGCCGAUCGGCCCGGUUAUUAUCGGGAUCUCGCUGGGAUUUACUCUGAGUUUGCUGAGUGUGAGCUGGGUAGAAGAGAGCUGUGAUAUUAACACCUUAGGAAAUGAAGGAAUCGUUUUAUCCCAGGAUGGAAGUCUAAAAGGAGCUCGGAGACCCAACUCCAUUUCCACUGGGAAUGAUGUUGAGGAGGAGGAGGAGGAUUUCCAGCCGAGAAUAAUCCCAUAUAAACCAGUGAAACAGUCUCAGCCCAAGAAACUUUUCAGGGCGAAAUACAUCAGCACAGAACUGGGAAUCCGAGAGCGUCUUUUUGUGGGAAUACUCACCUCCAAAAACAGCAUCAACACUCUAGGUGUGGCCGUCAACCGCACCAUCAGCCAUCAUCUGGACAAUGUUGUGUUCUUCACUGGUACGCGAAGCCGCAAGAUACCCCACGGGAUGGUCGUGGUCACCCACGGUGAUGAACGCCUCAUCUGGAACAUGUUCCAGACCAUCAAGUACAUCCUAGAACACUACAUCACAGAGUAUGACUGGUUCUACCUCGCCCAGGACGACACGUACACUCAGGCAGAUCGUAUCAAAGCUCUGGUGGAGCACUUGAGUAUGGACCGGGUGCUAUAUAUGGGCAGCCCAGAAGAGUUCAUCGGAGGUGAGAUGCAGGGACGGUAUUGCUAUGGGGGUUUUGGAUACCUGCUGUCCCGCAGCCUUCUGCUAAAGCUCCAGCCUUUCCUGGAGAACUGCAGGAACGACAUUCUCAGCGCCAGACAUGACGAGUGGCUUGGACGAUGCAUCAUUGACUAUGCUGAUACCAACUGUGUAGAAGAAUUUGAGGGCCAGAAGUAUUAUUAUUAUGAAAUGGGAAAAAAUUCUGACCCUAGCAAGGAAGAUAAUGUGCUGUUUACGAAUGCACUGACCGUCCACCCCGUGUCUGAUCCUGAGCAGAUGUACAGACUUCACAAACACUUCACUGAGAUUGAGCUGCAGAAGACAUACGAAGAAAUCAAAAAAUUGCAGGCAGAAAUAAAAAAUGUGAGCGUGGUGGCUUUCGAGGGCAACCGUAGUGCCUUGUGGCCUGUUGGAAUCAAUCCACCCUUUGAGCCAAAGACACGUUUCGAAGUCUUGCGGUGGGAUUACUUUACAGAGGAUCAGGUGUACUCCUGCAUCGAUGGCUCUCCGAAAUGCGAGCUCCGUGGAAUCGAUAAGCUGGACGUCGCUGACGUCAUUGAGACUGCCAUGGGUGAGCUCAACAAGAAGUACAAGCCUGUUCUUCACCUGAAGAAGCAGCAGCUUAUUAACGGAUACAGGCGCUUUGACCCCACUAGAGGAAUGGAGUACACCCUGGACCUCCAACUGGAGGUGGUUAACCAGAAAGGACACAGUCGCUCUAUUACCAAGAGGGUCCACCUUGUAAGGCCUCUCAGUCGUAUUGAGAUCAUCCCAAUGCCUUAUGUCACAGAAGCAGCUAGAGUUCACAUAAUCUUACCCGUCACUCUUCAAGACCGAGAGCACGUUCAGCAGUUUUUAGAAGUGCAUGCCACAAAUGCAUUUGAAACCAGUGAGAAUGCCAUUUUGACCUUUCUCUUUAUCUACGAUCCAAUUGAGGCCCAACAAGUCAACCAGAAUGACAUCUUCGCCAGCGUCAAAGCGCAGAUCAGUGCUUACGAACACCGGUACCCAACGGUCAAAAUCCCCUGGAUCAGCGUUAAAAGCGAAAGCCCCUCUCAAAUCAAAUUUAUGGACAUCAUCUCCAAAAAGCACCCGGUUGACACGUUGUUCUUCUUCGCCACUGUGAAAACCAGCAUCAACUCGGAGUUCCUCAACCGCUGUCGGAUGAACUCCAUCAACAACUGGCAGGUGUUUUUUCCAAUUCAUUUUCAAUACUACAGUCCCGACAUUGCUUAUCAUAACCAGCCUCUUCCCAAUACGAUGGAUUUGGUUAAAGAGACUGGCCACUUUGAUCGCAGUUCCUUCACCGAAGCGUGUUUCUACAACUCGGACUACAUGGCGACCCGAACGCGCAUGUCUUCGGAUGUCCAGGAGAACGAGGAAAUUCUGGAGAACUUGGAUAUAUACGACAUGUUUGUCAAAUACUCUGGCCUCCAUGUUUUCCGAGCAGUGGAGCCGGCCCUACAUCAGAAAUACAGCUACCAGCCGUGUAAUCCUCGUCUUAGUGAAGAUAUCUACCAGAGGUGUGUGCAGAGCACCCUGGACAGCCUUGGAUCACGCUCUCAGCUCGCCAUGCUGCUGUUUGAACAGGAACAGGGCAACAGUACUUAAAACCAAACCCUGAAGAUUGAGGAGAUAAAUGGUUUUUAUCCAUUGGGCUGAUGCUUUACUAGUAGCCGGUCUGUGGAGUCACAGUGCUGAAAAAUCAAAAAUGCUGUCUGUACCAAAAGAAAGACUACAAAACAUUUUGAAUCUAUUUAAAAAUAGAAGAUUUUUGUGACAACAGGAGAUUUAUGAUUUGCUAUCUUUCUCUUUGGAGCAGAUUGGUUUAUGUUGGCUCUUAAACCAAGCAGCUGUUAGCUGUUGAAAUGAUCACUACCGUAAUAUAUCUAAAUUGCUGUGCCUUCAAAAAUAUGCUGUCCUUUCAUAACACUUUUGUCUUGUCAUCACAGACACUUUUGCUCAAGCACAUUUGUUUAAAAGACUUUUAAUGUUUGUUUAAUCUAACAGGGUUUUUGUAGUAUGAAGGAACCAUAUCCAGAUUCUGACAAUAAUAGCCAUGGGUUUAUUAUUGUUGAAAUGUUUUAAAAUGCUUCAGUUAGUUCACACUUAGAUUUAUUAACCCUGUAAUGUUAGCUUGUUUAAUAUUAGGCUGAUUUUAAAGAUAUAGUUCACCCGAAAAUUAAAUUCUGUCAUAAAUUACUCCAAACCCAGAAGACCUUCGUUCAUCUUCAGAACACAAAUUAAGAUAUUUUUUAUGAAAUCCGAGAGCUUUCUGACCCUGCAUAGACAGCAAUGCACAUUGUUAAAAUAGUCCAUGUGACAUCAGUGGUUCAACCAUAAUUUUAUGAAGCUACGAAAAUACUCAUUAUGCACAAAGAAAACAAAAUGCGUCAUGGUACUCUCAAGAGCAUAUAAAGUUGUUAUUUUUGUUUUCUUUGUGCACAAAAAGUGUUCUCGUAGCUUCAUAAAAUUACGGUUGGACUAUUUUAAUGAAGUCCUUACACUGUUAAAAGUUUUCACCAGUUCAACUUAAAGUUUAAGAUCAGCAGCUGCCUUAAAGUUAAAUCAACUUAAAACUACAAGACAUUUUAACACAUUACAAUAAAAUGAGUUAAAAUGACUUAAGUUGAUUUAACUUCUGAGUUGAAAUUACUUGUACUUUUAAGUUGAUUUAACUUAAAAUGGUAAGGCAGCUGCUAAACUUAAGUAUUUAAGUUGAAAUUGAUGAAAACUUUUUACACCGUACUACAUUUCUGGCCAUUGAAUGUGGUAGUUACAUUGCUGUCUAUGAAGGGUCAGAAAGCUCUUCUAUUUCACCAAAAAUAUCUUAAUUUGUCUUCCGAAGAUGAACGGUCUUACGGGUUUGGAAUGACAUGAGGGUGUUAAUGACAGAAUUUUCAUUUUUUUGUGAACAGCUCCUUUAAAAAGGUAAAAAUUGUCUUGUUGACCAUUAGUGCCAAAAACAAAUGUCAAGACAGUUUUAAAAACUAUUUUGUCCAAAGCAUUUUAACUGUAUUCCAUACUGUAUGAUAUUUAUGCUUGAAUUCUGAACAACGGAACACAGAUGCAAAAACCUGCAUUUUAAAUGCAUAUUAAUAUUUGUACCAUUGAAACAGCCUCAAAGAGAUUUUUCUGAUGAAACAAGGAAACUUUUGCACUAAUACUUUCAUUGCAAGUCUGUCUUGUAUAUCAUUAAUGCUGCAUAAUAUGCCUGUCAAAACAUUUCAUCCUGUUAAGAAAGAUUAUAGGGUACAUUACAUGGUUAUAGUUAGUCCUGUGCUGUCUACCAGAGAGGAGUGCAAUACUAGUGCAAUACUGUUCAGAUGGUGUAGUGUAUUGAGUCUGCUUGGAGCCUGCUGAUGGAAACACUUCAGAUGAGUUAAAUACAUCUAUUGAAGAUGCACUACAGAGAGCCUCUAUCACGUACCAUUCCAAACACUUCACAAAACAUAAUGUGUUUUCGAGACAUUACAUUGGGUUAUAUAAGAUCAUUCAGAUUUGUUUGUUUGUUUUACAAAGAGAGUGUAUAAAGCCUGUAUCUAUUUUUGUGGGUCUCCUUUUGUCCCUCUUUUUCUUGGUACAUGUGUUUACUGUAUUUAGUUAGUGUUGUGUUGAAUUGUUUUUGUUAUUUUUUUAAUUUAAGCAAUCAUAAUCUUAAUGCAGUACACUGACAACAUCUUACAAAAGUGACUUGUGUUACACAAUAUCAUGAUGCUGGAUGUCAAAUGAUUUUGCGUACAAGAGCUGUGAAAUAGGUUGUACAACGUGACAUGUUUUGUACGAUUUUAAAUGACACAUGCACAACACGAAUGGACGCAUCACAAAAUGAGCACAGACUGAAGCCGCUACUGGCCUUUAGGGGUCAGCAAAGGAGCGUGGGAUUACCUGCUCUCAAAUAUGUACAAGUUCACAAGACUGUUUUUUAACCUCACCUUUGUUGAUUUUUUUUUCCACUAUAAAUAUUCUUUAUAAAUCUAUUGUAUUUUGUUUUAAUGUUAUUGUACAAAAUGUUUAAUAAAGACUUUAUUUUAGGGCUCAGAUAAACAUGA